AUGCAGGUGUACAAGUCGCGGAAGAUCGGCAGCAUCCUGGCCGUGGACCGCCUGUGCCUGGGCGUGCGCCCCGGCGAGUGCUUCGGCCUCCUGGGCGUCAACGGCGCCGGCAAGACCUGCACCUUCAAGAUGCUCACGGGCGAUGAGAGCACCACGGGCGGCGAGGCGUUCCUCAAGGUCAACAGGCACAGGCGGCGGAGGCUGGCUGCGCCCAUGCUCACGGCCUGCGCCCACAGCAUCCUCAAGGAGCCGCUGGAGGUGCAGCAGAGCCUGGGCUACUGCCCGCAGUUCGACGCCCUGUUCGACGAGCUCACGGCCCGCGAGCACCUGCAGCUCUACACGCGGCUGCGCGGCAUCCCCUGGAAGGACGAGGCCCAGGUGGUGAAGUGGGCACUGGACAAGCUGGAGCUGACCAAGUACGCGGACAAGCCGGCCGGCACCUACAGCGGCGGCAACAAGCGGAAGCUGUCCACGGCCAUCGCCCUCAUCGGGUACCCGGCCUUCGUCUUCCUGGACGAGCCCACCACGGGCAUGGACCCCAAGGCCAGGCGCUUCCUCUGGAACCUCAUCCUGGACCUCAUCAAGACGGGGCGCUCCGUGGUGCUGACCUCGCACAGCAUGGAGGAGUGCGAGGCGCUGUGCACGCGGCUGGCCAAUGGUGAACGGGCGGCUGCGCUGUCUGGGCAGCAUCCAGCACCUGAAGAACCGGUUCGGGGACGGCUACAUGAUCACCGUGAGGACCAAGAGCAGCCACAACGUGAAGGACGUGGUGCGGUUCUUCAACCGGAACUUCCCCGAGGCUGUGCUCAAGGAGCGGCACCACACCAAGGUGCAGUACCAGCUGAAGUCGGAGCGCAUCUCGCUGGCCCAGGUGUUCAGCAAGAUGGAGCAGGUGGUGGGCGUGCUGGGCAUCGAGGACUACUCGGUCAGCCAGACCACGCUGGACAACGUGUUCGUGAACUUUGCCAAGAAGCAGAGCGACAACCUGGAGCAGCAGGAGACGGAGCUGCCCUCGGCCCUGCAGUCCCCGCUGGGCCGCCUGCUCAGCCUGUUCCGGCGCCGGCCCGCCCCCACCGAGCUGCGGGCGCUGAUGGCCGACGAGUCCGAGGACCUGGACACGGAGGACGAGGGCCUCAUCAGCUUCGAGGAGGAGCGGGCCCAGCUCUCCUUCAACACGGACACGCUCUGCUGACCACCAGGCACGGCUCAGUUCCCCCCGGAGGGGUGGAACUCGGGGGACAGAGCUGGCCCGGUGCCCGCCCAGCAGGCCCUGGAGGGGGAGGUCCAGGACCAAGGGCUCCAGCCCCUGCCCCGGGCCAGGGCCGCCCUCCCCGCAUUGUGCCAAAGGCCGCCCGGCCGGCUGACACCCUCCCCCCCUCUGCCUUAAGCCUCAGCCUCGGCCGGAGCCCAGCUCUACCCGCCCAGCUCGCCCCCCACCCCCCACCCCGGGGCCACCGGGGUGACGCUGCCGGGUGUGCCCGCCCCUCCUGGACCCCCUUCUCUCUGACGACCCGGGCCUGGGCCGGAACUCAGGGGCUGCAUCCCGGCCCCGGGCACCCACCUGCUGGGGUUCUGGAAGGGGCGCCAGGACCUGCUUUCGUGCUGGGGGUCCCCCCUGUGGGCCGGGCAGGGGCUGCUGGAGGCAGCAGGCUGGGUACCAGGGAUGGCGAGGCCGGCCCCAAUGGCCAGGAGAGGACAGGGGCCCCGCCUGCCCCCGGCUGUCACUGCUCCCCACCCAGCCGCCGCCUGCCGCCUGCAGCUGGAGCUGUAUGCAGCGCACAGAUGUUUGUUUUAAGUAAAUAAACAGAAAAGGCCA